AUGGACGACCCAUGGGCAACCCCAGCGUGGUCGGCUCCAGAUACACAACCCUCCAUCCCCUCACUGGACCCGCCGCCGGGACCCCCAGCGAGCGACCCCUGGUCCGUCCCAGCCGCCUCUGGCCCCAGCACCCCGCCGUCACCGCAGGCAUCCAAGCUACCUACCAGUCCCCUCAAGGAAUCCCAUAACGACCUGGGGUGGGAGGAACAAGCAUCAUGGGGUGCCGACAACUCUCCAGUGCUCGCUCCCAUUCCGACAUUGCCGCAGAGCCCCGUCAAGCUCAAAGACGGUGAAGGCGAUGUAUGGGGUGACGACCCCGUACCCCUCCCAGGAUCGCCUGGGAUACCCUCGCAAUCAGCGGUGGAUAUAGCCAUGAAUGUCGAGAUAUCCGCCACUCCUGUAACAUCCACGACUCCGACGUUCGCAUCGCCUUCUCGCUCCAUCCUUGCCUCAUCUCCGUUGUCGCCUCAUCGGGCUGGACUGCCAGCCUCGUCCAGCCACGCAUCACUGAGCGAGGCGGUUAUUGGAGGCUUUGGGGGUUUCGAGUCGCCGACAAAGGCAGCUUCACCGCUAUCCGGCAUUCCGAAGUCGCCGUCAUUUGGUGACGACUUUGGGGGCUUUUCGGGCUUCGCUGCGAGCUCUCCUGAUGAUCCUUGGGGACCAAAACUAGAAACGUCUGCAACGAAAGAGGAUGACGGAUGGGGUGGGAGUGAUUGGGAAGAGCCGAGCCAAAGCACACCUGGUGCUACACAUAUUGGCGUGAAGACGCCAAAGUCGGAUGCUAGCGAUGAAGGGUGGGGUGGUGCUACUGAAAUGGGCCCCAAGAGCCCUGUCAAAGGGAAAGAGGAAGACGAGUGGGAAGAAGCACAGAGAAGGAUCAGGGUGACGGAAGAGCGAGCUCCCCGGGAGAAGAUAGAUGACAUGACGAAUCAAUGGAUCAAGCUUGCCGAGGCCAAUAUGACUGAGGCGGUUGAUCUGACAAAAAUGACAGGGGCUGAAGAGCUCCAGUAUGAACAAGUUAUUAACAAAGUAUUUGAGGAUGCGUCAGAACGGAUCAGGUCACUAUCAACGAUCCCACCAGAUAUCAAUACCUAUCCCCCAGUCCUGUCCUCCCUUGUGACUCACGAGCGAUACGCAUACGCUCUUCAACGCCCUAAUCCCGACCCCGAGUCUUCUCUCCUGCAUUCUGCGACUCGUGCAGCUCGCCGUCCCCGUCGAAUCGACCCCAUCUCUCUUUCCCUCUCCACUGGCGAAGCUUCUUGGACGACGAGAUCACGACUGGGCGAGCCUGAACAGGAUUCUGAAGCUGUAGCUGGAGACGCCGGAGAUGGCAAGAGCAAAUGGGCUUUCUGGGGCAAACGUCCGACGGCAGAAAGAAAGUUGACCACAGGCGGGGGAGGAGCUUUGGAAGUCAAGCCGAUGACUCCUACUUCUACUGGGUCUGGUGUGGAGAAACCGAGACCGUCAACAGACAGUAAACCACCCUCUCUACCCGCAUCUCGAGCUGCGAGUAUCGCUGGGCCGUCGUCCAGACCAGUCUCUCCUGCCCCUCCUGCCCCUCCUGCCCCUCCUACUGUAAAUGAGCAAGCAGUUCAGGGACCUUCUGCAGUGUCGCGCUUCUUUGGGCGACUCUCCAGAAGAUCUUCGUCCCAACCAAACUCUCCAACGACCCCCCACGCUCCCGCGGGCAGCGUGGACGCCAAGGAUCUUGAGCUUUCUGCGGAUGACUUUUCUUUCCUCUCCGAGGUGCCAUCCAUGUCUGCACCGCCUCCCGGGAAGGGUGUCGCCGAUUUGUUGAGCAUGGAGCCUGGUGCAAAUGAGCCCAUCAAAAGUUUAGAGAAUCUUUUGAACAGCAAGGAGGCGCCACUUCCGAAACCAUUGGCCCCUCCACCCAGUGGACCCAGUGCGCCCGCUUAUGGGGGCGGCGAGAGGGAGAGAAAGCCUAGCGGAAAGUUUGUGGCCAAGAUGAAGGCACCCCAGCCUUCCGACAUUGACCUCCUGGGCGGCUUGGACUUUGCCAGUCCUACGAUCUCGACAGUAUCACCCACGUCUACAGGCCCAACUCAGAAAACAGGCGGGGCAUGGGAUGAUUUCGAAUCAUUCAUGACGAGUCCUACCUCGGGCUCUAUGCCAGCCCCAAUGCAGCCCUCCAGGCCAACCACACCUGCCAUCGUAAAUCCGUCACGCUCGCCACCGCCCAUCAUAGCACCAACGGCCCACUCUGCGGUUGGAAUGCCUUUUGCGGCACUUGCACUGCAGCCUCCCAUGGCACCAACUGGUAUCUCGCCCGCCCCGUCAGUGUCACCCGAACCCCCGCUGUAUCACUCUGUAAAGACCACUACAGGACUGCAAGGGUUUGGCAAAGUCGGGACGCCUCGAGAUGAAAAGCCCGGUGGAAUGCUGUCGCCUUCUGCCAUCGUGCCAGCAUCUGACCCUGCGACUUUUGCGUUUUACGGCGGGAUGGUGACACCGGCAGCGGCGGCUGGUAUGGAAGCUUCAAUCUCGCCAGAGCCCCAGGCGUAUGUCAACUUGUCAACAGACCUGGAUUUAGAAGGUUUCGGUAAAGAAGGCACCCCUCGUGUCUUGACCCCGAUGGGUGUUUCCCCGGCCACCUCACCUGCGCCAGCAAGGAUGCCUCAGGUCAUGCCGGGAGGAGCAAUGGCGUUCAACACAGCGCCGCCUGUUCCCCGCGCCGCCAUGUCGCCAACGCCGGCAGCUUACGGGAUGGUGUCGGGCGGGGACGAUUUUGGGGAUUUUGGGAGUGCUACACCGUCCCGGAAAGCCACACCUGCGGGCCUCGAAGACUUUGACGAUUUCGGCGAUUUCACAUCCUCCUCUCCGCCAGCGUCUACACCCCCUUUUAAGCCCAAGGCUUCACAUCCGAUUUUCUCAUCACCUUCACGCCCCGUCGUCACUCUCCCCACACCGAAGAACUCGCCUCCCAAGCCUCACCACGAUCACACCCCAGCGUUGAAGUUGAUGACGAGGAGCAACUCGGUCAAGGGAAAGAUGUGGCCUGCUCCACCUAGUCCUGUGCCCCAAGCUCUUGAACCUCCACCAAAGACGGCUGGGACUGAGGCAUUCCCCUUUCUGGCACCGCCGCCCGGGGGUGUCAAAAAGUCAAAGGGCGAUCUCAUGGGCGAUCUGGGAGAGGCGACAAACGGGGGUAGUCUAGGAGCAUUGGGGCCGGCGCCGGUAACUACACAGCCCAGUCUGACCGCGUCCAAGCCUACUGGGGUGAACAAUGGGCAGUCUGGAGGAGGGUUGUCUGCGCAGGACUUGUCCUUCUUUGAUAGUCUAUAA